CUGGUUUUGCGACUUUGCUGCUUGACGGCUGUAGCACCGCCCUCAGGUUGCCCGGGUUACGGUGGGCGCGCGUGGUCGGGAAAGGCCUGUCACCCUUGAAGAAUGGCAGAGGCAGUCUUCCGUGCCCCGAAGAGGAAAAGAAGAGUAUAUGAGAGUUACGAGUCACCACUGCCCAUCCCUUUUGGUCAGGACCAAGGUCCCAGGAAGGAAUUCCGAAUAUUCCGAGCUGAAAUGAUUAGCAACAAUGUGGUAGUCAGGGGCACAGAGGACAUGGAGCAGCUAUAUGGGAAGCUCACUGCUGAGGCCUUUGUUCACCGUGUGCAAGAUGGGAUGAGGCUUUUCAUACGCUGGGGUUACUUUGGAAAAGGCAUUCUUUCCAGAAGCCGUCCAAACUUCACAAUCUCCGAUUCUAAACUGGCUGCCAAAUGGAAAGGUAUGCAGACAGAUAUGCCUAUAAUCACCUCAGAGAAGUAUCGGCAUCGAGUGGAAUGGGCCAUGGAUUUCAUGCGUAGACAAGGCCAGGAUGAGAGCACUAUACAAAAGGUCUUGACAGACUACACAGAGCCACUUGAGCUCCCUGGCAUAAAGGGGAAAGAAGAGACCCCACAGCGUGACCCGCCCAACUCCGAGGCCAACUCCUCCCUGGAAGGAAGAGUGGGAAAGGACGCACUCUCUGUGACCACUAGAGCUGCUGGACAGUCAGAUGACCUGCAGGGUCUCAACACACACUCAGACUGCCUGCAGGAAGGGCCUAGCCAAGCCACACUCACGGUGGCUAGUCCGUCUGGCCUUAAUGGACAUGUGAUGGAAGACACCACAGUUCUGUCCCAGGUCCCCUGCCAUAGCCAUGAAGCCCUCAUUGCCCAGGAUGACCUUUGGCCUGCAGACAGCAGCCGGGCAGCAGGUGAGAAAAGGGCUGCCCACGAGUAUGUACUCGUGGAGGAAGAGCUGUGUGAUGUCCAGGAGGAGGACGAGGCCGCAGAUGAGAAGUUGCUGCAAAGAAAGAGACUGGUGUGCAGAAGAAAUCCAUACAGGAUCUUUGAGUAUCUGCAGCUCAGCCUGGAAGAGGCUUUCUUCCUGACGUACGCCCUGGGAUGUUUAAGUGUUUACUAUGAGAAGGAGCCUUUAACAAUAGCGAAGCUCUGGCAAGCCUUCACUGCAAUCCAGCCCACCUUCAGGACCACCUACAUGGCUUACCACUACUUCCGAAGCAAAGGCUGGGUGCCCAAAGUGGGGCUCAAGUACGGAACAGAUCUGUUGCUGUAUCGGAAAGGCCCUCCAUUUUACCACGCAAGCUAUUCUGUCAUCGUAGAGCUAGUCGACGACAACUUUGAGGGCUCCCUCCGCAGACCUUUCAGCUGGAAGUCACUGGCCGCCUUAAGCAGAGUCUCAGGCAACGUCUCUAAGGAGCUGAUGCUGUGCUACUUGAUUAAGCCCUCUACCAUGACUAAUGAAGACAUGGAAACCCCAGAAUGCAUGAAGAGGAUACAGGUUCAGGAGGUGAUUCUCAGCCGUUGGGUGUCUUCACGAGAGAGAAGUGACCAGGAUGAGCUUUGACCUUUCAACCUCAGAGUCCACAGUUCACAGAAGCAUGAGCAUGUUUGGGGGUCAAAGCCCCAUGUUCUUGUUGCUUUAAAUGAGAAAUCUACUCCUGUGGCUCAGCUCACCCAGGGACUUCAACCAGUAACCCAAAGGAUUGAAAAUCAAUGAUGGCCUGGGAGCCUUGAAAUACUGA